GUAAGCAGUUAUUUUUAGCUGAUAAAAAAAAAUGUCCCUAGCUGUUUCUUCCAGAAUUUGUGACAGUCCUGGAUGUGGAGAAGCAGCUAAGUUACAGUGUCCGACUUGUAUUAAAAUCGGAAUACCCGGUUCCUAUUUUUGUUCUCAGGAAUGCUUUAAAGGAGCAUGGGGUGAACAUAAGAAACUACACAAAUUGGCCAAAGCUCAAGAAAAUGGAGAAAAAUCUGACAAUGACAAUUAUAAUCCUUGGCCAGGUUUUCGUUUUACAGGCAGCUUACGUCCUGCACCUCUGAGUGCCACAAGGACAGUGCCUGAUAACAUAACAAGACCUGAUUACGCAAACCAUCCCAAUGGUAUAUCAGAAAGUGAAAAACAAAUGAGAGGUACUACCAAUAUUAGAAUCUUAACAGACGAGGAACAGGAAGGGAUGAGAACAGUCUGUAGGCUCACCAGAGAAAUUUUAGAUGUGGCUGCACAGGCCACUGCUGUAGGUGUGACCACAGAUGAGAUAGAUAGAUUAGUCCACGAGGCAACUAUUGACAGAGAUUGUUAUCCUUCUCCACUGAAUUAUUUUGAGUUUCCAAAGUCUUGUUGCACGUCUAUUAAUGAAGUCAUCUGUCAUGGUAUACCAGACAUGAGACCACUACAAGAUGGAGACAUUAUGAAUGUUGACAUCUCAGCUUAUCACAGAGGUUACCAUGGUGACGCUAAUGAAACCUUUUUUGUGGGUAAUGUCAGUGAAAAUGCUAAGAAGCUUGUCAAAACCACAUAUGAGUGUCUUAAGUUGGCGAUUGAUGAAGUGAAACCUGGUGUACGCUACAGAGAGAUUGGAAAUAUAAUACAGAAGCAUGCCCAGGCCAAUGGUUUCUCUGUGGUGAGAAGUUACUGUGGACAUGGCAUCAAUGAAUUGUUUCACACUGCUCCAAGUGUACCUCACUAUGGAAAAAAUAAAGCAAUAGGAAUAAUGAAGCCUGGUCAGGUAUUUACCAUUGAGCCCAUGAUUAAUGAAGGUACAUGGAGAGAUGAACUGUGGCCAGACAACUGGACUGCGGUCACUCAGGAUGGUAAAUUGUCUGCACAGUUUGAGCAUACACUGCUGGUCACAGAGAUAGGCUGUGAGGUCCUCACCCGCCGCUUGGACAAUAAUGGCCAACCCCAUUUUAUGGAUACAAUGAGUUCAUGAGGUCAUGUAUUUCUGCAACAUCAAAAACUCUUACAAAGCAUUAAUUUUACCUUCAAAGUCUAGAUCUAGAAUAUCCAAAAAAUACUUUUCCUCCCGCCAUUCAAGUUCAAGGUUAAUUUAAGAAAUAGGAUUUACGUUUUCAGUCUGUUUUUUUUUUUACUUGUGCAAUUUAUUUUUAGAAACAUAAUUUUUAUUCCUGCUCAGAAUACUUUUUUUGGGAGAAUUCUGCAAAAAGGGUACAAAGAAAUAUGCUCCAAGUAAAAAGUCACAAUAUUUUAAUAACAUUUUUCACAUUAUUUAAACUAGCUAACGAAACAGUCGCAAUAAGAAGAAAAAAAGAAUGGAACAUAAAAAGAUUUUACAGUUUUUAAAAAUUUAAUUUGAUAUUUUUUUAAAUUGUUAUAUUUAUAAUCCUGAGUGAUUUAUUUGAUUUGUUUGUUCAUAAUUCAGACUGAUGACGUUGAUUUUAUUCUGUCGUCACGGUGAUGAAUCAUUUCAUCUAUGCUUUUGUUUUGAGCUAAAUAGUUUGUUUCUGUUCAUCCAUCUAGUUACAUUGAUUCAUCUUGUUUGGGAAGUAUUUAAAAACUAAAUUUGUUGAUAAUAUUUUAAUACCAUAAAAUGAAAUACAUUUGAUCUUUUUUUAAGUAGCCUAUAACCGAGUAGGUAGGGGGUUAUAAUGUCCCCUAUUCUUUUAUUAAAUCUCUUUACUCUACAAUGAAAUGGCCAUGAUGAUUGAAUAAGCAUUUUAAUUAUUCAAUCCUGAAAAUAGUAGUGAAGUAGUGGGGAAAAAAAUGUUUUCCUCUGAGGUCUAGUAUUGUAUGGGAUAGAUGAUGUAGAGUUGACAAUUUUGUUUUGACCUACUGUUAGCAAGAUGUCAAGUGGCCACCACAACGACCAACCUCCUUGACUUUAUAGUAUAAGUUACAGGCAUAUUCCCAAUAAUUGUGAUUGACUCAUGAAUGUUCCCAGCCUUCACUGAGAUCCUGGCUCUCUAGUUUGGAAGUCAAGUGUUUAGCUACUGGGCCCUUCAUAGUUGGGGUUCUUUUUAAGAUAUUAGUGUCUUCUUGAUUUACAUUUGAUUGAUGGCAUUGAAAACAAAAAAGUGUGUUAACUCCCUUGUGAUAGAAUGGUGUGUGCUAUACAUGUGUGGAGUGUCUGGUAAGAGUUAUCUGAUUUUGAAAAUAAACCCAACAGUUAUAUAAAGAUGAUAUUUUAAAGUGUGAACUUUAUCUGUAUGUCAUUAAAACAUAUGUUUACCUACUUGAACAAUGAUUGUAUAAACAAUACUAAAUAGUUUUUUUAUGGUGUUUGUUCUAUUUAAGCAAACAAGCAUCAGAGUUCAAAUUAGUAGUUUGUUUUAUAUCUGCAAAACUGAUUUCAAACAACAUUAAAAUCUUUGUAAAAAAAAAA